ACUGUAAACGACGACGGACAACAACAAUAUCGGAGCCGAAAUGAGAUCAUCAUACACACUGUAGCGAUAACAACAGCCGGAUUGGAAAUUUGUCACGCUACUACUUGCGGCGAGAAGACAAUCACUCCGACUAAAUGUCACGAAAAACGGGAUAUUUUUUCCAUUAUUUUUGGCCGACGACGUUUUCAGAGGAGCUUUACUUAACCUUAGAAAUAUGAAACUUAUAUUAGUAGCAAUUACAGCUAUUGUUGUUGUUUGGGUGUGUCACAUGCCAUGAGGCAGGCAAUACAUGUUGAGAACUGGAGAAGCUACUCUUAAUCGUACCGGAGAUAAGACGGAAUCUAGUGCCACUAUACCAACUGAGUUCCGGAGAGACGAACACAUUCAGAUCUAUUGUUCUGGAAUUCGUCCAGAUCCACAGCUCUCACAAUGGAUAACACAUCGCAUGACCAUCAAGAUGAUUCCAGCGCCUUGGAUGGCAAAAAGCAAUCACAUCUGGAAGAGACAAUCAAGAACCAUGGACAACAUAAGGAUCAAACCUUGCCAAACAUUUCUCCUCAAGGGCGUGUGCGGCUCUAUUCGGAGUCUCAGGUGUAUACAGUCAGCCGCUGGCAGGACGCAGAGCCCCAGGAUGGAGCAUCGGCGGAGGAGAAUGGAGGAGCGGGAGAUGGACUUCCAUUCAGAGGUCGUUCUCAAUCUGCUCCUGCUGCGCUGUGGAAAGCAAAGAAGUACGGACGACAGCUGAGGAGAAUGAGCGAUGAAUUUGACACGUGGCUUGACAAAGGGGAUGUCAAAAGAGUGAACAGCCAGAAACAGACCUACAGAGGAUGGUUCUCAUUCCUCUGGAGUUCCAAAGAAGAGGAGGGCAGAGAAUGAAGUAGUCAUGCUUUAACAUGGCUUUACACACUUAAUAACAGUUACCCCGAGAGCUGCUCUCAGAUGAAGGCUAGUCUGAUCACCAUCAUGGCCUUUCUGUAAUCCAUGUGCUCAAGCUACUGCAAAACCAAUCUGAGAAAACGGUAAAAGUGCUGUAUCACGUUUUACCACUGCAAUAACGUACGUUUAAUUAAAGAAAUUGUCAGUGUUAAUUCAAUUUGACAAUCUCAAAAGGGACAAUCUCUCCUAAAAUAUUACAAUUCAUUGGACAAUCUUUCUAUGUGUUGAUUUCAAAAAUAAAACCUAUUUAAAACUAUUUAUUGAUAUGUAUUAAGUUCAUAUUUGGCAAAGAAAUGUGUUCUAUGAUGUAUUUUAUAGAUUGAUAUAUAGACGUGCGUUUUUGUUGUACUAAAGGCUGGAGCGGUUGCUUGCAAAAUGUAAAUAUAUUUCAAGGACUGUGACACCGGAUAAAGUUGUAAGGAUAGUGACGGUAACAAUAAUACGGGUAAAGUUAUUUCAGUUCAUUUGUUGAUAUAUGCUACAUCUCAGGUUUGUUUGUUUGUUAAUGCCAAACCAUUGUGGUGAAUAACUAGUAAGAGUGGAUCAAAUCAGUUGUUCUGCCAUCUUUUAUGAUGAAUAUACGUGGAUAUGUCACCAGGAAAACCGAACAAUUUAUUUAAUGGAUACUUUCAUAGCUUUGCAAUUCAUCACUGCCUUUCAUGUACAUAUUUCUUGAUUGUAAAGUUCUUGACUGUUGUCUCUAUUGGAUUUUUUCCUUUAUAUUCCAUCUGCUGGUCUUGUAUGUUAAACAGCAUUCAGUUUCUGGGGAAGUAAAUAUAUGCAGAUGGACAACACAAGUGCUAUUUCUGUACUAUCAGUCUUGCUGUGCUUUAUGUGCUUCAUUCCUUUUUUGAGAUCCUUGUACAUAUUUAUAACUGUUUACAUAGAUUGAGUAAUGGAUGAACUGUUUAAAUACUUUUUAAAACAAUCAAGUUUUUAUCUUUUUUCUAUAAUUUUGUGGUCAAAAUAAAAGAUUUUCUGGCUGAA